AUGGCAACAAACGAAGCUUCUCGGUUAUCACCUGAGGAUAUGGUGAUUUUUUACAAACGUAAGGCGCAAUCAAUUUAUGCACAAGCGCAAUCGAUUGAACGGGCAAUCGAAGGCGAAGAAAUUAAUUCAUUCACCGAAGUAGAUUUAAAGGUACGGUUGGAGUGCCUCGAACAUAUUUCCAGCACGUUUAACUUGGCUCAUGACAGCUUAGAGGAGCUCAAUUUUGACGAAAUCGGCGGAGCACUGCGUUCAAAUUUUGAAGAGCUACUCCUUUUACUUCGGUGUCGCAUACGGCGUGAGAUUCAUAAACGUCAAUCUCAAAUGCCAUCCUGUUCAACCAUGCGGCACGAUCCGGUUUUGGAAGGGCAAACAGUUGUUUUGCAAAGUCGACCACGUUUGCCUGAGCUCAGACUGCCUACAUUCAGUGGAGGAUAUACGGAAUACACAGAUUUCUUUUCCUUAUUUUCAACCGUUAUAGACAAGGAUCCGGACCUCACGGAUGUCGAGAAGUUGCAGCACCUACGUUCAAAUCUGAAGGGUCCGGCUCUGGAUGCAAUUCGUUCGUUGGAGAUGAGUGGCAACAACUACUCUGUGGCUCUAGACUUGCUUAACAAAAGAUUUAAUAAUAAGCGUCUUAUUUUUCAGGCACACAUCACUGAGAUUAUGGGCAUCAAAAGGGUGGACACUUCAUCAGCGGUGAAGCUUCGUGAAUUAUCCGACAAGGUAAAUGCAAACCUGCGCGCCCUACGCACCAUGGGGAAUUCGGAGCAAAUAGCGGGGUGUAUAAUCGUACACACUCUUCUGCAAAAAGUCGACAGUAUCACGCAGGCAAAUUGGGAGGAAGCUGCGCCGUUAGAUCUCAUACCCUCAUGGGAGCAGUUUACAAGUUUCCUGGAGAAGCGUUGUCAAAGGCUGGAGAAUGUAGAACAUUCCAUGGCAGCGUAUACUCGUGGCUCACAGGUGGGAAAAAAUAGUAGAACUAUUAACCAUGGUAGAAAAUCAUUUAUUGCUACUAACAAUACAAACAAUUCAACCAAUGGCUGUGUUUUUUGCGACAACACAGACCAUGCUGUAUAUUCAUGCACCCGUUUUUUAAAUUUAUCUCCACAACUCCGUCUUAAGGAGGUCAAAAGGCUUGCUUUGUGUUUAAACUGCCUCAGAAAAGGCCAUCAGCUUCGAACGUGCAAUGCUGGUCUAUGUCGUACGUGUGGAUCCAAGCACCACAGUCUGCUACAUAUCGACUCCUCUUCUUCACCAAUGUCGUCACAAGGUCCUGCAUCUUCAGUGCAAGCAUCCUCCCAAUUAGCACCUCCAAACACCUCUAAGCUUGUUUCAACUUCAGUCGCACACCACACCUUGGCUGCAAUCUCACAAACAACGUCAAUUGUCACAUCUGCUCAGAAUCUCAGUCCUGAUGUUGUGCUUCUAGCCACUGCUGUCAUCAAUGUUAAGAACAGCGCAGGUACAUGGGUGCCAUGUCGUGCACUGCUCGACUCAGGGUCGCAGUUGCAUAUUAUAACGUCUCGUCUUGCUCAUCAACUGCAGUUGCGAAAAACCAAGUCAUCCACCUACGUAUCGGGUCUUGGUAAUGCAAACUUCGCCUCUGAUGGUUUGACUGUCAAUAUUACUAUUCAGUCUCAAAACUCGGAGUACUCUACCUGCAUUACAGCGUUGGUUGCUCCUAACAUAACGGACAAUCAACCCUCUUUUACUUUGGAUAUUUCUCAUUGGAAAAUACCGUCGAACAUUUGUUUAGCAGAUCGAGGAUUUUUCAAGUCGCAACGAAUAGACAUGCUUAUUGGAGCCAGCCUCUUCUAUGAUCUCUUAUGCAUUGGACAAAUAAAGUUAGCUCACGGUCUACCGUGCCUACAGAAAACUAGGUUAGGAUGGGUUGUAACAGGUGGUGAAUCGCAGCGGCAAAGGGGAGCGAUAUUGGCCGCACAGUCAUCACUUGACAUAGGUUACGAAUCCAAUGUUCAAAUCGAUCAACUAGUACGUAGAUUUUGGGAGGUUGAAAGUUGCUGUGAAUCUGUCGCCACAUACUCCAAGGAAGAGCUUGACUGCGAGGCGCAUUUUAAGGCCAAUUAUUUGCGUUUGUCUACAGGGAACUAUUCGGUCCGGCUACCAGCAAAAGUUAAUAUUGAUCUCUUGGGCGACUCUUAUCAACAAGCGUUUCGUCGUUUUCUUAAUCUAGAGCGAAAAUUGGACCGCCACCCACAGCGGAAGGCCCAAUAUGCAGCAUUCAUACGGGAGUAUUUGAAUCUAGGACAUAUGUCACUGGUUACUAAGAACAAUCUGCGGUAUUGCAAAUACUUUCUGCCGCAUCACUGUGUUUUGAAGGAAGAGAGCACAACUACAAAACUCCGCGUUGUAUUCGAUGGCUCUGCGGUUUCAUCUUCUGGAUACUCGUUGAACGACUUGCUUAUGACAGGACCCACCAUACAACCUAAGCUGUUCAACACAUUGCUUCGGUUUAGAACCUUUCCAAUCGCUUUGACGGGUGACAUAUGUAAGAUGUAUCGUUGUGUACGAGUCUCAGAGCCCGAUAGUUAUCUGCAGUGCAUCUUGUGGCGUGACUCCCCACAGCAGCCGGUCAACGUCUUUAAACUUGACACAGUCACUUAUGGUACAAGACCAGCUUCAUUCCUCUCAAUUCGUUCGAUGCACCAGUUAGCCAUUGAUGAACAAACUGUCUACCCCAUAGGCUCAAAAAUAUUAAAGCGCGAUUUUUAUGUCGAUGAUCUUAUUACAGGCGGUGAGUCCAUUCAAGAAGUCAAGGAAAUUAUGAGUCAAACUACAAAGCUGCUGGAAAAAGGAGGAUUCAAGUUGAGAAAGUGGUGCUCCAGUAAUCCUGAAUUGUUGCAGACGAUACCACCUGAUGAUCGAGAAACACUACUUAAGUUCGACGAUGGAAGCGAUAUAACUAAAACACUCGGUUUAACUUGGGAUCCUGCAUCAGAUUGCCUAUUGUUCGCGUUCUCACCAAUGCAGCCUUCAUCAAAACAUUGCAAGCGGUCCAUUUUGUCAACUAUUGCUCGUUUUUAUGACCCACUCGGUCUCAUCGGCCCUAUUAUUUCGAAGGCUAAAAUCUUUCUUCAACAAAUCUGGAAAGAAAGGCUUGACUGGGAUGAAAGUUUGCCUUCAUCACUACAUUCAUCGUGGCUUAGUUUGUGUGCAGAUUUUGGCCGCAUACCGCAAAUAAAGUUUCCCCGUUUGUCAAUCCAGCAGAAUGGCUCCUAUGAAAUUCAUGGUUUUAGUGACGCCAGCAUCGAAGCAUACGGAGCUUGUCUUUACGUCGUGUCAGUCAGUCAAGGAAGAAACCAGGCGCAACUGCUAUGUUCAAAAUCUCGUGUAGCGCCCUUAAAAACUCUUACGGUUCCAAGGCUGGAGUUGUGCGGUGCCUCCCUGUUAGCGCAACUCAUGCAUGAAAUAGCUCAAAUGAAACUUUUCUCGUGUCGAUAUUAUUGUUGGUCUGAUUCGGCGGUGGUGUUAUCCUGGAUCCGCGACGAACCUUCAAGAUUUCAAAUCUUUACAGCUAAUCGCAUAGCCACUAUACAGGAGUUGACUGCGGGUAUGGAAUGGCGCUACGUGCCUACGAAGUUUAACCCAGCUGAUAUUUUAUCCAGAGGUGCAACCUCUAACGACCUCAUUAACUCAUCUCUAUGGCUGCAUGGACCGGAUUUUUUAGCUCAAGAUAAAAACAAUUGGCCAAACCCUUGCAGUCAACAUGUUUUUGGUUACAUUUAUAAGUUCCAAAAUCGCUUGCGGCUUUCUGGACUGACUGUUGAUUGCAUACGGCGUGGCACAAAACUACUCCUGCGCACCAUCCAAAGGCUUCACUUCAAAGAGGAUCUCAAAUGCCUUCAAGCCGGUCAAGGUGUGAAGGCAUCUAGUUGCAUUGCGUCGCUCUCACCAUUCAUCGAUAGUUGUGGAUUGCUUCGUGUGGGUGGACGACUGAAAAAUUCAGCGCUCGACUUCGAGGCGCAGCAUCCAGUCAUACUGCCGAGGCGUCAUCCUGUCACUCAAGCAAUCAUUAUGCAUUUUCAUAGGCGCAAUUUGCACGCGGGUCCUCGUUCCCUACUAGCAUACAUUCGGCUGCAGUAUUGGCCUAUUGGCGGACGAAAAACUGUUUCGAACGUUGUAAGCAAAUGCACUCUAUGCUUCCGAGCUAAACCGCACUUAGCGGAACAUAUUAUGGCUGAUCUUCCGGAAGAUAGGGUAAACUCAUCUUAUGCAUUUAUGGUCACAGGCGUCGAUUAUUGUGGACCAUUCCAUUAUAAAAACGAAAUACGCAACAAGCAACCCAUAAAAUGUUACAUUUGCAUAUUCAUAUGCUUUGCCACGAAAGCUGUGCACCUGGAGCUCGUAGCAGACUUAUCAACGAAGGCAUUCUUAAAUGCACUAAAGCGGUUCAUCCUAACGCGUUGUCGCCCCACUCGUAUAUGGUCGGACAACGCAACCAACUUUGUCGGCGCUAAGAAUGAGAUGGCAGAAUUAAAACGUUUAUUCCUGAGCGAUAAUCAUGUGCAAGCAGUUCAUGAAUUUUGUCUAGCUAAUACCAUAGAAUGGCAUUUCAUUCCACCUCGCUCUCCACACUUUGGUGGGCUUUGGGAAGCGGCCGUUAAAACUGCGAAAUAUCAUUUUCAUCGCUCGGUGGGCUCGUCAUUAUUAAACUUCGAUGAACUGCGCACACUUAUUUGCCACAUAGCGGCAAUUAUUAACUCAAGACCUUUGUUUCCACUUUCAGACAAUCCGGCUGAUUUAGACGUUCUAACUCCAGCUCACUUCAUUGGCACUGCUCCUAUCUCUACUUACGUUGAACCAGAUGUCACGAAGAUUAACUUUAAUCGUUUGGAUCAAUGGCAGCGCGUAUCAUACUACCAGCAGAUAUUUUGGGCACGUUGGCAUGAGGAGUACUUAACUACCUUGCAGCAGCGCUCAAAGUACAACAACUGCAUUGCGCCUAAUAAAACGUUCGUGGAAGUGGCCCACAUUCGCAUCAUCAUUGGUGUCCUGGAUGAGGGUGAUCCCGAAGGAAGAAUUCCCGGGGCCCAAUGGAAAUGGGUGCAGGCUGUUCUGACCAAUGUGACGCUGGAAGUGCUACUAAGCAAUCCAGGUCCGCCACCCUCAUGUACUGACGCUGGCUGGUAUCAAGGCCAAAUUAAAAUUAUAGCCUGCGACGACGAAAUGUCGGUAGAGCUAUAUAAAGCAGCAAUAGCGAAGAUCGGGGAAGUCUACCCUGGAGCGAAGCUCGUGGUAGUAGACAAGAAAGAUAUCCCGUCUCGACCGAGGGCACGAGUUUUGGCCCAUACACCAGACCCACAGCAAAUCAUGCAAAUAAUAAGUGCAUGCAAUCCAGGCCUUCCAACAGCGGGCGGGAAAUUUUUCAAGGCUUUGGACAAUACUGUAACAGUAGACGGUGUGGUGACGAAACGUGCCCCAACGCAGGUAAUGCUGUUACUAACUACUUUGGCGAAAAGCGAAGGUAUCUUAAACUACAGUUUUGCCAAGGUGAGAGUCAGAACCUAUACAACAGAUGCUGAUGCUCUCGACCAAUUAGCCUCAGAGAUUGAAGCUAAUAACGCUGAGGAAGAUCCAAUGGAGUUCUCAAGCGAUGUCGAGAGCAUCGACUUGGAAGGGUACUGUUUAUCAGGGUCUGAGCUCACAGCUAGACUUAAAAAAAUAAGUACGAGAACGACAACUGGGCUUACAGCUGGUUCGAGUACAACAUGCUCAGAAAGAGAGCUCUUGAGCGAGUCGCAAAAUGAUGAGAAUACAAAUAACGCGUAUUCUUCAAAUAAAUCUUCAUCAUAA